AUGACAUUGGGCUUGGAGGUUAUGGAGGAUAUUGUUAUCGACGUGGUGGGCGAAGGGCUCCGAGAUAACGGAGCAGGGGAGCAAAUCGAGCUGGAGCGCACCGCGGAUGUUGUGGCAUCUCACGGGGAGGAGCGCGACUCGCGCUCGUGCAGCCCUCCGCAAGCGAGCCCCGCAAAAACGAAAGGUCCCGCGUCGGUCAAGCCUCCUUACUCGUACAUCGCCCUCAUCACCAUGGCCAUUUUGCAGAGUCCAAAAAAACGCCUGACUCUUAGCGAGAUCUGCGAUUUUAUCAGUCACCGCUUCGCCUAUUACCGUGAAAAGUUCCCUGCUUGGCAGAACUCUAUCAGGCACAACUUAUCUCUCAACGACUGCUUCAUAAAGAUGCCCAGAGAGCCCGGGAACCCCGGGAAGGGCAACUACUGGACCCUCGAUCCGAACUCCUCGGAUAUGUUCGAGAACGGCAGCUUUUUGCGCAGGAGGAAGCGCUUCAAGCGGCAACAUUUCCGCUACAAGGAGCACCAUCACGUGGAGCCCGGCCUGCACGCAUUCCCCCACGGACACUACGGGCUGGGGGCACCGGCGCUCCAGCUACCCGCUCUGGAUAUUUACCCCUACAUGCAUCAACAUCACCACCGCCAUCACCAUCACGCACCCAUCCCACCUGUCAGCAGCAUCUUGCCUGCUCUUUCCAGCUUCUUCUCCCGGAGCGCCCUGACAGCCAAGGCCUUCCUGCAGUCCCAACCCGCUAUCGAAACCUUCUCGGCGGCUCACUGCACCGCCUAUUCCGCCCCAAUGACUCCCGUGACUGCUUUCACGUCCCCGGCGCUUUUCCACCACCCAGCAGCGUCCUCACCUCACCUGGUCACCUUACAGCAGGACUAUCACAAGUUAGGCUCUCAGUGUGGAACUCUCGAGCUGACAGCUAAACACGUCGGUGAUGGCAAUGAAUAA